GCGGCGCGGGGGCGGCAUGAGGGCCCGCGGCCCGGGGGGCUGAGGCGCCCGCCGCCUGCCGCGGGGGCUGCGCGCGUCCUCCAUGGAGGCCGGAGAGGAACCACUGCUGCUGGCUGAACUCAAGCCUGGCCGUCCCCACCAAUUUGAUUGGAAGUCGAGCUGUGAAACCUGGAGUGUUGCGUUCUCCCCAGAUGGCUCCUGGUUCGCUUGGUCUCAAGGACACUGUAUCGUCAAGCUGAUUCCCUGGCCGCUGGAGGAGCAGUUCAUCCCUAAAGGGUUUGAAGCCAAAAGCCGAAGUAGCAAAAAUGAUACAAAAGGGCGAGGCAGCCCAAAGGAGAAGACGCUGGACUGUGGUCAGAUCGUCUGGGGUUUGGCCUUCAGCCCGUGGCCUUCUCCACCUAGCAGGAAGCUCUGGGCACGCCACCACCCCCAAGUGCCAGAUGUCUCUUGCCUGAUCCUUGCUACAGGACUCAACGAUGGGCAGAUCAAGAUUUGGGAGGUACAGACAGGGCUCCAGCUUUUGAAUCUUUCGGGCCACCAAGAUGUUGUGAGAGAUCUGAGCUUCACACCCAGUGGUAGUUUAAUCUUGGUCUCUGCAUCACGGGAUAAGACUCUUCGCAUCUGGGACCUGAAUAAACAUGGUAAACAAAUUCAGGUGUUAUCGGGCCACCUACAGUGGGUUUACUGCUGCUCCAUCUCCCCAGACUGCAGCAUGCUUUGCUCUGCAGCUGGAGAGAAGUCGGUCUUUCUAUGGAGCAUGCGGUCCUACACAUUAAUCCGGAAGCUAGAGGGCCACCAAAGCAGUGUUGUCUCUUGUGACUUCUCUCCUGACUCAGCCCUGCUUGUCACGGCUUCUUACGAUACCAAUGUGAUUAUGUGGGACCCCUACACUGGCGAAAGGCUGAGGUCACUCCACCACACCCAGGUCGACCCCACGAUGGACGAAAGCGAUGUCCACAUUAGCUCACUCAGAUCCGUAUGCUUCUCUCCCGAAGGCUUGUACCUUGCCACAGUGGCAGAUGACAGACUCCUCAGGAUCUGGGCCCUGGAACUGAAAACUCCAAUUGCAUUUGCUCCUAUGACCAAUGGUCUUUGCUGCACGUUUUUUCCACAUGGUGGAGUUAUUGCUACAGGGACAAGAGAUGGCCACGUCCAGUUCUGGACAGCUCCUAGGGUCCUGUCCUCACUGAAGCACUUAUGCCGGAAAGCCCUUCGAAGUUUCCUAACAACUUAUCAAGUCCUAGCACUGCCAAUCCCCAAGAAAAUGAAAGAGUUCCUCACGUACAGGACUUUUUAAGCACUGCUACAUAUCUCAUUUUCUUUAUAGCGGGAUAAAUCUUCCCGGCAAAGGAGUGGCUGGAAUCCAUGGGCCAAACAUCUAGUCUCAGAUUGAAAUAGAAUUUCUUUGGGAUUGUGAAUAGAAUGUAGCAAAACCAGAUUCCAGUGGACUAGUCAUGGGUCUUUUUCUCAAGUCAGUCUUAGAGGAGGAGAUUCCACUUCCAUGGCAACAGAGCCUUACCUUAAAUCUUCAGUCCACUUAUGAACAGCAGAUAUUGAACUCUUUCUAGUCGUUUUGAUUCAAAGUGCAGUUAUUGUUGUUUUGAUAAUAAAAGUAAGUAGCCUCCACAACCUCUUUGGUGGCAAGAAGUUCACACUCCCUCACUGGGGAGUAUGACUUCAGCCUAGUACCCAUCAACCUUGUGUAUCAGAUGGAGUGUGGCAUUGUUUAAAGUUUGCUCCUCCCAUGGUCAGAGUUACUUUGAUGUUGGAAAAUGCUUUCUUUCCUUGGGGCCCCCUCUGACCAGCAGGACAAAGCUUUCACGGAGCUGUUUGGUUUGAGCUAUUAAGUUUAACUAAAUUAUAGGAGAAUCAGAGGCUGUACUCCUGACUGAUACAGACACUAUUACUGGCUUUUUUUUUUUUUUUUUUUAAACAAUGGUGUGCAUGUGGAGGAGAUGACAAAUUUGUGUGUCAGAUUAUACAAGGAUGUAUUCCUAAACUGCAUGAUUGCUCAAAUGGCUACUGAGUUGUCAGUUGCCUUUUAUUAGCAUCAUAUUUAUUUGUAUUUUCUCAACAGAUGUUAAGGUACAACUGUGUUUUUCUUGAUAUCUAAAAAUCAUAGUACUUAAAUUGAACAGUUGCAAAGAUGUGUCUUAAUUGUGUAAAGAAUUAGUGUUGUCAUCACUUCAGCUGAUACUCAUAUUUGAGAUCUGUGUUUGCUGCUUAAUCUCCUUGGAUUAAUCAGCCAGUUUCAACCCUAUCCCUAAACAAAAAUAGCUCCUUAAAAGUACUGUUCUCCUUCAGUGGCAUGUAAUUAUUUAAUCAAGACACCUCAUUUAAGGAAGAAUCUGCCUUAGGAAAAUUUAAUAUAUUUUAAGUUAUUUUAAAAGAAAUGCAACAUCUUAUUCUUUAGUUUUCUUAAUCGGUGCUUUAUGGAGGCCAGUAUAACAUUAUACAACUUGUUGAGAAAGUAGAGGAAUCUCCUCUACCACCUUUGUGGCUGGAAGAAAAACAUUUCUUUUCAAAACAAGAGGCUUUAAUUGAAGGAAAAAAAAUAGUUUAAAAGCUUUUGGCUUUCUGUUUCAUUUUUCCAUUAGGAAAAAGAAAAUCACCUUUUAAAAUGGGAGAGCUAGGAGUGGAUUGGCCAACUUUUUAAUUUUAUGGUUAUCUUGAAAUGUCAUAUACAGGAGAGUCUAAGAGGCUCUAGAAGGUUCCUUUGAGGCCCUGCUUGGCCAGUAACUUCAGACUUUGCUGGUGUCCUUGGGGAGCGAGUCCUUUGUGAAUGAAGGAAAUAAUCAACUUCUCUCUUUUUGACAGUAUAAAAAUUUGACACCUUUAUAAAAAAUAGCCCCCAAAGAAAGUUUAUUCUGUGAUACCAGAGACAGAAGACUUUAAUAUAAAUGCAAGUUGGACAACUCAGCAUCUUUAUAACUAAGGAAAGAAGAGUCACUCGUAACAACGAGCAAGCAAGCUGCUUUAUUUUUAUUGUGAAGAACACUAACAUAAAUGCAGCAUAAUUGCUGUAAAAUAAACUGCUAAAUUUGUACAAAAGUCCCAAUCCUUUACACAGUUCUAGGUUUAGUCAAAUUUAAUCUCACCUUUCUUCCCUACAUUAAACAAGUGAGUUUUAUACAACCUUUGUCCCCCAAUGGCAUUAAUUUAAAGGUUAGCUCUACAUUAUAUUUAAAAUAAAUAUCUUUCCUACUGUCUACAUAAUUUAGAACCUCCUGGUAACUCUUCUACUUCAAGAAGGGAAAUAAAAAAACCAGUUUUUAAAGUAAGAAUGCAGUCUGUUUUAUAAGAGUGUAAUAGUUUUGGCCAGAAAUCCAUUUACACCUAUUUAAAGUAGAUACAGAGACAGUGCCAAAGAUUAAAUUCAUAAACUUAAUUUUGGAGAUGUUGUUUACCUUGAGUUUGAAGACACUUGGACUGUGUUAGAUUUGAAAGCCUUAUAUCCCAGACCAAAAUGGAGUAGGCCAGUUUCCUGUCAUCUAAGCAACUGAAGGGUAAAAGCCUUAAAGCAGGAAAAAAGGUUAUGUUUUUUCCUAUAAAAGACAGAAGUGCAAUAAGAUAGUUAUACAUUAAAAUUGUGUACGUUCCUGCUCCAAAAUAGCCACUAAAACACGGUGCUUUUUAAACAUCUGCCCACCCAUGCCUGGAACAGGGUUUUUUAAGACUUGGGGUGACUGUGGCUUCAUCCCACGGCCCCAGGUAGCAGUUCAUCCCAAGACUGAAUCCUCUAUUCUUCGGUCACAGCUGGGCCCUGAGAAUUGCAGUGAAUGGGCCUUGGUGUGUCUAGGCCUCUGCGACAAUCAGGUCUCUGGUGACUUGAAAAGCAGCAAUGAGAGAACUCAGCUGAAUCUUCUCACUGGUGCCGACAGAAAGUCUGUACCUAAAAGAAAUCAAACAAAAGGUAAGAAAAAGAAAUAUCACAGACAGCUGCCUUUUAGUAAGAGAACAAAAGAUCAAAGGCUGGAAAUCUGUUGAUGAAACUUGAUAAAAAAUUUACCCUGGACAGCAGUGUUGGAUGUGUCCCCCUAACAUUUUCUUCUCUGCCUUAAACAGUUUAUAAAUUUGAUUCAAACUGGUGAGGACAAAUUAAAUUUUCAAAAUGUUUAUCAUCA